AUGGAAUCUGAUCGUGGCAUCAACUUGUUCUUUGCUAAAAAGGAGAGUGCUAAUAACGAUGAGAUUAUUGACCGCGUAGCGCAAAUUGCUGAAAGAUCAGGUCAUUCACCAGCUCAAAUUUCUUUGGCAUGGAUGCUUUCUAAACCUCACUGCACAAGCCCUAUCCUUGGUGUUGGUAACUUGGAUAAUCUGUAUGAUGCAAUAGGAGCAUUAGAUAUCAAGCUGACUGGGCAAGACAUUCAGUACCUUGAAGAGCCUUAUAUUCCUCGCAAUUUUAUCUACAUGUCGAAAUAA